AUGCUUGCACUUGAAGACUCAGCGUUUUCUGCUACCCGCGACUGUGGAGGCCCCGAUCGGCGGAGUGGUGCUGCCGUACCACCGCCGGCCUCCGUGUCUGGUCUCGCGCCAGAGCCGACGAUCCAUGUCUCCGGUUGCAGCAACGAGACGGUGUCGAACAUCAUCCAAGGCUUGUACAACACCAAGGAGUCCAACCAUGGGAAGCCAGUUUACAAGAAGGAGGGACCUCAGGGAAGUGUGACGGUCUUGAUCUACUACUGGGACGAACGUGACGGGCCUUCCUUCAACGGCUGGUGGUUCGGCCCCAAGGUGGGCGGGGACCAAGUCUGGGCCUACAACGCCGGGAACCUCGGCCGCGAGAACGCCAUGCCUCCCACGUCCAACUGGAAGGUGCCCUGGGACGGCAAAGUGGACGAGAAGCUGCGGAUCAGCGUAGGUGCCCCGCGCCGGGACCCACGGGACAGGGAGCGGGAUCUCCGGGACAAGCGAGAGGAGGAGAAGCGCCGCCGCGAGGAGGAGGAGCGCCGACAGCGGGAGGAAGCGCGGCGGCGUCGGCAGCGUGAGGAAGAGCAGCAACGGGAGCAGGCCCGCAGGGAGGCCGAGGCUCGAAGGCGGCGCCAGGAGGAGGAGAGAAAGCAGGAGGAGGCAGCGAACAACGUGCGUGAGGUGCUCAAGAAGCUGCGCAACGCGACACCUGACAAUUUGAAGAGUCUCCAGGCCGAUCUGGACAAAGCAGCUGCGUCGAACUUCCAGGCAAUGGGAGCACUGCGGGACCGCGUUAACGACGAGAUGCAGCACACCAUCACACAGGUCCAGAAGCGCAUCGCCGAGGAGCUGAAGCAACGGGAGGAAGCGGAGCGGCGGCGGCAGAUGGAGCUGGCACGUGUGGAGCAGCUCCUGAAAGAGGCGGCGGCAGAGGUCCAGACCACCGAGGCUCGGGUGACACAGGCGCAGGAAGCCAGCACCGCGGCGUGCCAGCGGGGCAUCGAUGCCGAGGCGGCUCCCGAAGACAUCCUGCAGGCCGUGCAGGAGGCGAGCAAGCACUUGGAGGACGCGAAGACCCUCCUGGACAGGUCGGAGCGCUUGUUGUCGGUGAAGAAGGAGGCCAUGGGCGCCGGCGAGGGCGCCCGGCACGUGAAGCGAGAGGUGGACGAUUUGACGGGCCGGCUGCAGCAGUCCCACCGGAGCCUGCAGAGGUGCACUGAGACCCUGGAGGAGACCCGAGGACGCGGCUUGCGGCGAGCCGCCGCUUUGAAGCAAGACCAGGACUGGAUGGCUGCCUUUAAGAGGCACGACAUGGACGGUGAUGGGCAGCUGAGUGGCGCCGAGGUGCAAGCUUACGCGAAAGAGAACGGAGUGGAGCUGCCUGGGGACGUGCUGAGCCGGAUCAUGCGAGUGCUGGAGCCGGUGACCUUCGAGAAGUUCCUCCGCUUGCGGCAGAAGGUGGGCAUCGCCAAGUUCGAGACCGAGGCUCGCGCCAGGCGGGCCGCAGAAGAGGAGCAGCAACGAGAGGCUGAAGCCCAACGGCUCAAGGUCCAAGAGAUGGUGGAAGUGAUCACCGCCCAGUUCGAGGACGGGAAGUUGAAGCUCCAGCAGGUCUCCGAGGAGCUGAAGUCCCUGGAGGCCUCCGGCUCGUCGGAGGCCGUGAGAGCAGGCACGGAGAAGGCCGAGGGCGAGGGGCAGGAGGUGCGGCAGAUGCUGCAAACCAUUUCACGGCAGCUGGAAGAGGCCACUGAAGGCCUAUGGCCCUUCGAGCGGGAGCCGAAGCUCAAGAAGGAGGUCUUCCGCUUGCAGGAGCAGCACCGGAUCCUGGAGGUGCAGCUGGAGAAAGUCCUGAGCAACGCACGGGCCUCCAAGGAGGCCGUGGCCAAGAAGGCCCAGGCAGAGACAUUAGAGCUUCGAGCGCGGGCAGUGGCCGCUCUGCGGACUCGGAUGAGCGCCGAGGGCCAGUCGGGGGAGGCCUUCUUUGAGGCCAAGGCCACGAGCGGCGCUCUGGAGUUGGAGAGCUUCCAGGAGCUCCUCAAGGACCUCGCCUCGGCCGCGCAGCUCGAGCGGCUCUUCGCCUCCGUCGCAGGUGCCAGCGGCGGAACGUUGGAGAAGGCCGGCUUCUUGGAGCUGAUCCGCUUCUACUUCAAAUGCGUCAAGGGCACAGUGCUUUCCGAAGACAUCUCGAUCAAGUCCAAAACCGUUCGCCGUUUGGAAGUGGGCGAGGUCUUGGAAGUACUGGAAGGGCCUUCGAAGGAGGACGGCGCCAACGUGCAGCGCGUCCGAUGCCUCGCCCUCCAGGACAGCGCCACCGGCUGGGCCACCAUCGCUGGGAACCAAGGGACGCCCUUCUUGGUCCAGGAACUGACUCCGGAGAUUCCCAAGCCCAAAUCCGCCAAAGCCGAGCCCGUGCAAGCAACGGGCACCGAGGGAGGUGACAUGCAAGAGGAAGGAGAGGUCUUGACUGUGGAUGCAACGGAAGACCCCGAUACGGCCACCAAGAAUUCCAACGAGGACGGCGCCGAAGCCGUAGCCGCUGGUGAGGAGGCUGCCGAGGAGGCUGCCGAGGAGGCUGCCGAGGAGGCUGCCGAGGAGGCUGCGGAGGAGGCUGCGGAGGAGGCUGCGGAGGAGGCUGCGGAGGAGGCUGCCGAGGAGGCUGCCGAGGAGGCUGCCGAGGAGGCUGCCGAGGAGGCUGCCGAGGUUGCGGAGGAAGAAGCUACGGCUGAGCCCACCUUGGACAGCUAG